AUGUUCAUAGACGUAAUAUUCAAAUUGGUUGAAGUUUUUAAGAGUAAUUUUUUCACAAUCCUUUCUUUAGCGAUUGUAUCAUAUGUAAUCCAAUAUUACAUUAAUUUUUUUAAACGAUCAAGACUUCCCGGACCUUUACCUUUACCAAUUAUUGGAAAUUUACAUCAAAUUGGGGAUGAUUUCUCAUCAGCAGCCGAAACAUUUCGUCAAAAAUAUGGUGAUUUGAUCGAAAUUUAUAUGGGAAGUUCACGUAUUGUCGUGAUUAGUAGGAUCGAUUUAGCAGAAAAAGUAUGGGGACCUUUAUCAAUUAAAAAUACAAAAUUUAUCAUGCGUAACGCACAUUCUCAAGGUGUUGAUGAACUUGGAUUAGGUACAAAGGGGAUGGUAUUAAAUCGACAUCUUGAAUCUUGGGAAUUUAAUAGAAAAUUCUUGGUUCAAAGUUCUUCAUCACCAUCUUUCUUACGUGAAUCAAUUAAAUUGGAAUGUAAGGUUAAUGAUGAAGUCUUUAAAUAUUGGAAGAUAAUGGAAAAAGAAAGAAUGCCGGUAUCAGUUCCCGAUUGGAUGGAUGCUAUAGGAGUUGAUGUUGUCGUCACAACUGCUACGGGAAAAAGGAUGAAUUCAACGGCAGAAUUAUUCAACAAAUUAAAUAUUAAUGGACAAAAAUCUGAAAUGCAAGGAAUUUGGCAAAAUGGUAUGAAAUUUGCUGAAUCGAUAUUUACUUAUAACGAAUCAAUGGCUUUCAUGAUGUUGCUAACACCAUUCAUUCGAGAGUGGUUUCCUGGAUUUAAAAACUUAAAUAAAAAAUACUUGGAUAAUAGAGAUUGGAUAAAUGCGGAAUUGGAAAAAAUGAUUUCCGAAAGAAGAAAAGAAAUUGAAAAUACUCCUUUGGAUCAACCACUUGAACCCACUAUUCUAACCAUAUUGCUUACGACAAAUACGGAAAGAGAUUUAGAAAAGAUUAGCGUUGGUAAACGUGAUCAACCUUUAGAGAACGAUCAAUUAAGCUCAAUAUUACGUGAAGUGUUUACCGGCGGAUUAGAUACUACUUCAAAUACUCUGUCAUUCGUUAUUCACUAUAUCGCUAAACAUCGUGAUGUUUAUUUGAAAAUGCGGGAAGAAAUUUUAAAUGUUUAUGGUACACUUGAUAAUCCUAAUAUAUUACUUGAAUCUUUUGAAAAAUUCAAGUACAUGGAAGCUGUAAUUCAAGAAGCAAUUCGUAUCUUUCCUACGGUAGCAAUGAUAUCUCGUGCUGCAACCGAAGAUGUUGACUUUGAUGGAUAUACCGUUGAAGCUGAUACAACAGUUUUUACGAAUUUGAAAGCGUUAAGUCAUAAUCCUAAAUACUUUAAAGACCCCGAAAUAUUUAAUCCGGAUAGAUUCUUGGAUAAAGGAUCGAUAGUUAAAUAUUCAUUUUUACCUUUUGGAAAUGGUGUACGUAUGUGCCCUGGUCGUUAUUGGGCCAUGGUUCAAAUGAAAACUUUUUUGAUUAAAUUGGUUUCUACAUUUGAUCUUGAAUUAGUUGAUAAAAAUGCCGAAGCAAAAUAUAGGUAUGCUACCGUAAAUCGUCCUAUAGACAUAAACAUUUAUAUCAAAUCUAGAAAAGAUUGA